AUGUAUGUGUCAGGACCUCAUCUGCAGCUCCUGAAACUCAGAGGACCUCAUCUGCAGCUCCUGAAACUCAGAGGUCAACAACACAUGUAUGUGUCAGGACCUCAUCUGCAGCUCCUGAAACUCAGAGGACCUCAUCUGCAGCUCCUGAAACUCAGAGGUCAACAACACAUGUAUGUGUCAGGACCUCAUCUGCAGCUCCUGAAACUCAGAGGUCAACAACACAUGUAUGUGUCAGGACCUCAUCUGCAGCUCCUGAAACUCAGAGGUCAACAACACAUGUAUGUGUCAGGACCUCAUCUGCAGCUCCUGAAACUCAGAGGACCUCAUCUGCAGCUCCUGAAACUCAGAGGACCUCAUCUGCAGCUCCUGAAACUCAGAGGUCAACAACACAUGUAUGUGUCAGGACCUCAUCUGCAGCUCCUGAAACUCAGAGGUCAACAACACAUGUAUGUGUCAGGACCUCAUCUGCAGCUCCUGAAACUCAGAGGUCAACAACACAUGUAUGUGUCAGGACCUCAUCUGCAGCUCCUGAAACUCAGAGGACCUCAUCUGCAGCUCCUGAAACUCAGAGGACCUCAUCUGCAGCUCCUGAAACUCAGAGGUCAACAACACAUGUAUGUGUCAGGACCUCAUCUGCAGCUCCUGAAACUCAGAGUGUUACGUGACGAAUUUCGGCAGAACCCGGCUGACGUGAUCGUGGCGGCGGGAGAGCCGGCCGUGUUGGAGUGCCAGCCUCCACGUGGACACCCCGAGCCCACCAUCUCCUGGAAGAAGGACGGAGUCAACAUCGACGACCGCGACGAGCGCAUCACGGUAACACUUCAGCUCAGAAGGAGCCAGGGGCAGGACAUGUAG